UAACGAUAAACAUGAACUUCGGUGUGACUGCUGCAAUUUACUUCCUGAUCAUCACACGACACACGGUGGUGAGGUCGACUCAUGCAGAAUGUUCUAUUGUUCUUCAUCUACAAGAGAAAGAGAACGAGUGUAAACUAAAGAUCAAAAGCGACGCUGCAGCUUUAAUACAGUCGAGUAAUUCAACUGCAGGGUGUGUGACGGAGUGGGAUGGGAUCAGUUGUUGGCCGGCUUCCUCUGAAGGCGACAUAGUCUCCGUUCAUUGUCCUCUGCUGUUAAUGAAGCCUCAAAAUCCUCCAGUCUUCAUCAGGAGGAGGUGUUCGGUCCGAGGAUGGAGUGAUCUGAGUGUGUCGUACUAUGAGGCCUGUUUCUAUGAAGCUUCAGAGGACGAUGAAGACGUGAGAGAGGAGAAAAACUACUUUGAUACCCUGAAGCUGAUCUACAGCGUCGGACACGCAGCGUCUCUGGUUGCUCUGCUCGUCGCUGUGCUGCUGUUCUGCUGCUUCAGGAAGCUGCUCUGCACCAGAAACUACAUCCACCUCAACCUGUUCGUGACCUUCAUGCUCAAAAGUCUCUCUGUGUUCAUUAAAGACGACGUGUUGUUUGCAGACAAAAGCACGGAUCACUGCACCGUUUCCACUCUCCGGUGUAAAGCGGCCGUGACCUUCUUCCACUUCUGUGUUCUGUCUAACUUCUGCUGGCUGCUGGUGGAGGCUCUGUUCCUGCAGACGCUGCUGCUCUGCACCUUCACCUCCACCAGGAAGCUCCUCUGGAUCUACGGCGCCAUCGGCUGGGGAACGCCGUCAGUGACCGUUGUAAUCUGGGCUCUGUUGAAGAAAACGCUCGAUGAUGAGGGGGAAGUGAUCGGUCAUAUGUGUUGGGACGACCUGGAGAGCCGCUUGUGGUGGAUAAUCAAGACUCCCAUCCUUUUCUCCAUCUUUAUAAACCUGGUGAUCUUCCUGAACAUCAGUAGGAUCAUUGUUCAGAAGACGAAGGCCACUCAUGUGAACCAGAGUGAGACACACCUGACCAGGACGCUGCUCCGCUCCACGCUGCUCCUCCUCCCUCUGUUUGGGGUUCACUACGUGGUGUUUGCACUGAUCCCAGAACAGGUCGGCGUCGGACCUCGACUCUACUUUGAGUUAGUUUUAGGCUCCUUCCAGGGUUUUAUUGUUGCUCUGUUGUACUGCUUUCUAAAUGGAGAGGUCCAAAAAGAAAUCCAGAGGACGGUGAGAAGAUGGUUUCCUGAGACGAAAACUAACGCCAUCAAUCUGCCGACACAAGAGUUUGUCGCCUAAAGUCAAAAUUAAAGAAAAUAAUUUAUUAGUUCUUUAAUCUUCUGACAGUAUUCUUUGUUAAA